AGAAGUGACCGAGUUGUGCGUGUUUCCUCUUCAAACUUUAAACUUUAAUAGUCCUAGUCAAUCCUCGAUAUCUCUCUCUAUCCAUCUAUCUCCCCCUUCUCCAAAAUACUCUUCAAUCAGUUCAGUUUCGCGCAACUAUCACAUCCCCACACCAUUAUGCCUUCAAUACUUCCACCAUUUUCCUAAACCCCACCAAUCCCCACCACCCACAUCAUCACAUUUUCCACCUCCAAACACCACCAUCUAUGGGUGAACAAACCCAAACGGAGCCCCACCUUGACUCCACCACCACAACCACCGCAAUCGUGGAAGCCACCGCACCAACUCCAACUCCAACUCCAACCGCAACAGAAAUAACUAAUUCCCCAACCGAAAUAACCAAUGCGGCAGCAGAAGCAGCCGCAGCCGCAGCCACAACCCAAACCUCAUCUCCCCCUUCCAAAAUCCCUUUCCGUCCUCGAAAGAUUCGAAAACUCUCGCCCGACCCGAAUUCCCCUCAAACCCUUGCAAUCACCACCCAAACCCAAACCCAAACCCAAACCCAAACUCCGAAACCGAAAUCUACCAAAUCGAAAACCGCUCAGCCCCGCGCAAUCCAAUCCAUACCCCGAAUCGCGGCGAGGUCUCUCUCUUGCGACGGCGAGGUCGAAAUCGCUCUCCGCCAUCUCCGAAGCUCGGAUCCGAUUCUCUCUCCCUUAAUCGAUAUCCACCAACCGCCAGUGUUCGACACUUUCCAAACCCCAUUCUUAGCCCUAACCAGAAGCAUUCUCUACCAGCAGCUCGCGUACAAAGCCGGAACUUCAAUCUACACUCGCUUCAUCUCCCUCUGCGGCGGCGAGCCCGGCGUUCUCCCCGACACCGUUCUCGCCUUGACCCCUCAGCAGCUCCGCCAAAUCGGCGUCUCCGGCCGAAAAGCCAGUUACCUUCACGACCUAGCGAGAAAAUACCAGAACGGAAUUCUAUCCGAUUCGGCGAUUGUAAAUAUGGACGACAAGUCGCUGUUCACUAUGCUCACUAUGGUCAAUGGGAUUGGCUCUUGGUCCGUACACAUGUUCAUGAUUUUCUCGCUGCACAGACCAGACGUGCUUCCGAUCAAUGAUCUCAAUGUCCGUAAAGGUGUUCAGUUACUCUACAAUCUCGACGAAUUGCCUCGCCCUUCGCAGAUGGAUCAAUUGUGUGACAAGUGGAGGCCUUACCGCUCCGUCGCGUCGUGGUAUAUGUGGCGGCUCGCUGAAGCGAAAGGAGCUCCUUCAAGUGCGGCUGCUGUCGCGGCCGGAGCUAGUUUGCAGCAUCAACAACAACAACAACAGCAGCAGCAGCAGCAGCAACAGCAACAGCAACAGCAGCAGCAGCAGGAGGAACAGCAGCACCAUCAGCAGCAUCAGAUGAUUGAUCCAAUUAAUAGCAUUCUCAAUCUUGGGGCCUGUGCUUGGGGACAAUGAUUUAGAUUGAAAUGGGAAGUUCAGGUAUCAUUCAUCUCUGUCCAUCCAUCAGUCUGGGCGCAUGUACUUCAGAGCAAUGCAAGAGCAAGAAUGGUAGUCUAAUGGGAAAUUUUGGCGCUGAAAGUUCAGACAUUCAAAGCCUUUGGAGAUCAGUUUGUCAAACUUUAUUCAGUAAAUCUUCUGUGAGAUUAAAUAAAGACCGUCUCUGCUAGGAUUCUGUAAUAUUAGUUGAAGGACAGCAAUUUUAAGUUGUCUACAUGUCUAUUAUAGGAUUUAAUAGAACAGUGCUACAAAAAACCUUUGAAGGUGGUUUGGCACUCAUGAUGGAUAUUUCUGGGAUUUCCAAACUAGUUUAUUUAUUUAUUUAUUUAAGAUUUAGUAUGCCCUAGUACCGAAAA